AUGAAUACCUGGGUAGAAGCUACAUUCGAGCCAAUGUCGACCACGCACAAAGAGAUAGGAUCCUCCGGGAGCCAGAAUAGCGGACGCACUUCUCUGUAUCUGGGGGGUAAGCAUGAUACAACUAUUCACGAUAUCACGCCUGAGCUCAGCUCUUCUACCGUUUCAUCGUCCCUGCUUUGGUGUCGAAUCCGAGCCUAUGGACGCGAUGCAUUCUCUGAAUUUCUUGGUACGAUGAUCUUGGUUCUUUUCGGUGACGGAGUUGUGGCACAAGUUCUUCUCAGUCAUGGAGAGAAGGGUGAUUACCAGUCAAUCUCCUGGGGUUGGGGAUUGGGCGUUAUGCUUGGUGUCUAUGUCAGUGGUGCUUCCGGCUCUCAUAUCAAUCCUGCAGUGACCUUUGCAAGCUGUGUCUUUCGGGGCUUUUCGUGGCGCAAGUUCCCUAUCUAUGUUUUGGCCCAAGUCCUCGGGGCUAUGUCCGGCGCAGCCAUUGUCUACGGCAAUUACAAGUCGGCUAUCGAUGUCUUUGAAGGAGGUCAAAAUAUCCGUACGGUCCCAGGCUAUUCAGAUACCGCAACAGCUGGCAUCUUCUGUACCUAUCCUGCCAGUUUCAUGACCAAGGCCGGCCAAUUCUUUUCCGAGUUCCUAGCCAGCGCAAUCCUGAUGUUUAUGAUAUUUGCCCUGAAAGACGAUGGGAACCUAGGUGCCGGGCCUCUGACACCGCUUGCACUUUUCUUCGUCAUCUUUGGCAUCGGUGCCUGUUUUGGCUGGGAGACUGGUUACGCGAUUAACUUGGCACGAGACUUUGGUCCCCGUCUCACAUCCUACAUGCUUGGCUAUGGGCAUGAAGUGUGGGCCGCUGGCAACUAUUAUUUUUGGGUCCCCAUGGUAGCUCCUUUCCUGGGUUGUACAUUUGGUGGCUGGAUCUAUGAUGUUUUCCUGUAUACCGGACUAGAUAGCCCGAUCAACACACCGUGGAUGGGACUCAAAAGACUGAUCACCCCUUGGCAACGAAAUCGAGCUACCAUCUCCAACCCAGUUUGA